AUGCCCAACAUUGUGGUAAUUGGCGCCGGCGUCUCCGGGCUCACGACCGCCCUGUUGCUAGCCCGCGACAAGGCCAACACGGUCACCGUGGUCGCACGCCACAUGCCAGGCGACUACGAUGCCGAGUACACAUCGCCAUGGGCGGGUGCUAACGUGCUGCCGAUGAGUCACGAGGCCGACAGCCGAUACGAGCGCGAGACCUGGCCGGAGCUGAAGCGGCUAGCCGAAUCGGUGCCGGAGGCCGGCAUACACUUUCAGAGGGCGACGCUGUGGCGGCGGCAGGUGGACCUGGACAAGCCGCGGCUAUCGGACGCGCUCUUCUACGAGAACCCGUGGUACCGCGACCUGUUUGACGACUACCGCGAGCUGGCGGCGUCGGAGCUGCCGCCGGAUAUCCGGUCGGGCGCGACCUUCACGUCCGUGUGCAUCAACACGAUGCUGUACCUUCCCUGGCUGGUGGGCCAGUGCCGGGCGCUGGGUGUGGUCUUCCGGCGGGCCGUACUGGCGCACGUGGAGGAGGCGGCCGCGUACGGCGGGCUGCUGGUGACGCCGGCCGGCACGACGGCACUCAACCCGCAGACACGGCCGGCCGAGACGAUCGUGGUCAACUGCAGCGGGCUGCUGGCUUGCCGGCUGGGCGGCAUCGAGGACACGGCCGUGCAGCCGGCACGCGGCCAGGUCGUAGUCAUCCGCGAGGAGCUGGAGCCGAUGCUGGUGACGUCCAGCGCCGGCGAUGGCGUUCCCGGCGAGCUGCUCUACUCCAUGCAGCGGCCCUGUGGCGGUGGCACCAUCGUCGGCGGCACGUACCAGGUCGGCAACUGGGACGGCCAGCCGGACCCCAACACGGCCGCCCGCAUCCUCGCCCGCAUCGCCGAGCAGCACCCACAGCUGCGCCGCAGAGGAACGCGCGCCUGUGACCUCAGCAUCGUCCGUCAUGGCGUCGGCCUACGCCCCUACCGUGCCGGCGGCGUCCGCAUCGAGGCCGAAAAGCUGCCUGGCAGCCCCAACGGCCCCUGGAUCGUCCACAACUACGGUCACGCCGGUUGGGGUUACCAGGGCUCGUACGGCUGCUCCAAGCACGUCGUCGAGCUCGUCCACGAGGUUAUCGCCAAGACCAGCGCCGCCAGGACUGUCAAGGCGUCUCUGUGA